UGCUCUGUGUAAACACCACUCGAUUUGGGUCAGCACAAAUUUAUAGAACACAAACCAGUGCACACUGCCAACGGACAACAUGGACGCCCAAUCCGUCUUGAGUUUAGACAACCCAAUAUUUCGGCUGUAUGCCACAUACGGUGCCGCAGUCACAUUGAAGAUGAUGUGCUUGUCUCUGUACGUUAGUCGUUUUAGGAUAACACGUAAGGUAUUUGCGAACUUGGAGGAUGCCUCUGGUAAGCAGAAAUACGUAAGGAAUGACGAUGAUAUCGAACGAGGUUUGAGAUGUCAUCGAAACGACCUGGAGAACGUCAUCCCCUUCCUGAUUCUGGGUUUGAUGUACGUCACUACUGACCCUAGUGUCUUCGCCGCCACGUGGCACUUUCGUGUCUUCGUAGCUUCUAGAUUCUUCCACACCGUGGCCUAUCUCACGCCUCUACCACAGCCCUGCCGGGCUCUCUCCUUUGCCAUCGGGCUCGUGGCCAACAUUUCCAUGGGGGUUCAGGUCCUCAUGAACGGCACGUUCUAGAAGAGUAAACAAGACAGUUUACAUAGCAUGUGUAAAGCGCCACUGCCCAUCAACGCAGCACACAUUACAUUGGUUAUUAAUCGUUUUAGUUUGCAUAAAUGAGUCGGAUUUUCUGAUGAAGAUAGUGAUGAGUAUAUUCCGGGGUGAGCAAAAUGAGCAUAAGUGCGACUUGAUGCAGACGAUGGGAAAGAAGUUGGGUUCCACAAUGCAUGAUGCGACUAUAGGGUGCGUUCGAUUAUCUUCCCUGGGUCAACCCCGUUCUGCCCCGGUAGGUUCGAAUAGCUUUGACGU